GUCGGGCCGUUCGGACGUGAAAGAAAAUUCAGAAGAAGUAGGAAAAGUGAAAUAUAUUAUCCAUAGAUCGCACGAUAGGUAACGGUGCUCAAAAAAGAGUGAGAUAAACAAAAGGGUAAUAAAAACAUUGUAUCGCGAAGAUAAAGUGGGGGUUAACAUUUCGAUACCGCUGUGACAAAGUGCAAAAGCAUAUUCCGUACCGUACCGAGUGAAGUGAAAAGGUAGUGAAGCAAAAGCAGUUUUACCUCUAUACCUGUGUGCUGUGUGUAUAUACAUAGAAGCACCUCUAAAGCUGAAGGAGAUUGGAUUACUCGGCGGGAUAUCGAGGCGCCGGGAGUGACACACAGACACAGAGCGGAAGCUGUUCAGGAAGCUAUCAACUUGAUCUGGCAGAAGCAGUGGGUCCCGUCAAGCGGAAAAUAUAGACUGCAGAACAGACUACAGUUCAUCUAUCCAACGGGUUCGGAAUUGCAGCACCGGAAUCAAAUUCAAGCAGGACAACAUCGCACAACCGCUGUGCAGCGUCCCGAGGCGAAUGUAGUUCACGCGUACGGUGUCACUUGUCGUAGGUACAAUGAAUCCACACACAACAUCGACAGCGAGCGUUCGGAAAUCUUUCCGGACGUCGCUGGUUUUCGGGUUGCUCCUUCUGCUUGUCGGAUUGGUCGGUCAACAUGUGACGGAUGCUGUCCGAUGUGACCGGACACCGGAGGGUGCCGGAGCUAGCAAAUCUCCCGCCGAUGGUCGUUUCCGGCUGCGCAUCUCCGGCAACCCGGAGAAGUACGUUCCGGGCGAGUCGUACACAAUAAGCCUCGUUGGGAUCCGCUCGAUGCAGGUUCCGCACAAAUUCUCCGGAUUUUUCCUGGCAGCCGAAAAGGAACUGUCGCUGAUUCGGCCGGAUCAGCCCAUCAACGGCGAUCUGCACACGGUGGGAACGUUCCACCUACUUGGAGACGCACAGACUAAGUUCAGUGAGCGUUGUCCGAAUGCCGUCACCCAGACCAGCUCGAUUCCGAAGAGUGAGAUCCAGGUGAACUGGAUUGCUCCUCCGGCGAAGAGCGGUUGCAUAGCGAUUCGGGCGACUGUGGUCGAACAUCGGGAUGUCUGGUACAUGGACGAUGGGCCGUUGAGUAAGGUGCUCUGCGAAGAUGAAGCCGAUUCGGUGGACACGCAACCGGCCGUUCUGAAGGAAUGCUGCGCUUGCGAUGAAGCAAAAUAUGAACUAACCUUUGAGGGAUUGUGGUCUAGACAUACGCAUCCGAAGGAUUUUCCCUCUAAUGGAUGGCUAACGAGGUUCAGUGAUGUUAUCGGUGCUUCGCACACGGUCGACUAUCGCUUUUGGGAGUACGGUCAGGUCGCGAGCGAUGGUCUGAAGCAGGUUGCCGAACAUGGAUCUACACGGACGUUGGAAAGCGAGCUGAAAAAUGAGAGUGACAAAAUCCGCACCAUCAUCAAAGCCCGUGGUAUAUCAUAUCCAAACGUAACAGGAAAAACCUUUGCAGUGUUUCGGGUAGAUUCUAUUCACCAUCUGGUUUCGAUAGUGUCAAUGCUUGAUCCAUCACCCGAUUGGAUCGUUGGAGUUUCUGGGUUGGAACUGUGUCUAUCGAACUGUACCUGGAUUGAGAAUAAGAUUCUCAAUCUCUACCCGUGGGAUGCUGGGACGGACAGCGGACCCACUUACAUUUCGCCGGAUCAACCGACCAAUCCACCGGAUGUGAUUCGAAGGAUAAAGGCGAACUACCCGAACGAUCCUCGAUCGCCAUUCUACGAUCCCACAGGGGCAGAGAUGAAACCGUUGGCCAGAAUCUAUCUCUCCAGACAGAGAUUGUACGAAAAGAACUGCGAUACCGACACUGAGGAGGAGGAAAAUGAAAGCAAACAAGCUUGUGAAACGGAACCAUGGGGUGAUUGGACCGACUGCAGUUCGCGUUGUAGUAAGGGCAAACAGAUUCGACGUCGAUUUUACAAAAAUCCAAUCACAGCGAAGCUGGCCAACUGCAAGAAGAAGCUUUCCGAUCGACGACCUUGCGUUGGAAAUAAACGGGACUGUGACUAUCCAGCCAGUCAGCAGGUGGAUGAUAACUACCCGAGUGACUCGGAAUGCGAAGUUACCGAGUGGGGUCCAUGGAGCGAGUGUAGUACUCCUUGCGGAAAAGGUAACAAAACUCGAUCGCGGAAGUACAAGAAAAAAGGAGCUCGCAAAAAGUGCGAACGACUGCCGAAUCCUCCGGUACUGCAGCAAACUACACCUUGCAGUAAGGAGUGCGCCGGGGAUAUUUCUCAGCCGGUGAUUAGUGCUGACAUUAAUCCCAAAUGCAAGAUGACACAGUGGUCAGAAUGGGGACCUUGCAGUGUAACGUGCGGUCUCGGUAGAAUGAUGCGAACGAGAAUGCCGAUCCGACAGUCGCUGAAUACAAGACUGCAUCACAAACGAUUUGUAAAUUACUAUUUAACGAAACGACGUCCCGUUGCUGACGAUGAAGACGAAGAGGAGGAGGAAGAGGAUGAGGCUGAUAAUAGCAUGCAAAUUACCGAUCCGAACGAUCCGUGCUUCGGAGUAGACACGGUCGAGGAGGUCAUUUGUGGUCAUGAUCUUCCACCCUGCGAUGGCUUGUAUGGUGUUCCAGAAUUGUGCUACUUGGAGCCGAAACCGGGUAACUGUCGUGAUUCGCAGCCUCGUUGGUACUUUGACAGUGAGAAGAAUGACUGUGCGAUACUUAUCUUUACCGGAUGCAAUGGCAAUAAUAACAACUUUAUGUCUCGGGAGGAUUGUCUGGAUACUUGCAGUAAAGAUCGUAAGUUUACCAAUAUACCUAUUCGUGACCAGAUCAGCACCAAUUCGGAUCCGGACUUUAAGCAAGAUUGUAAAACCUCUCACUGGAAGCUGGGGCCUUGCAAUGCUACUUGCGGCGAAGGAAGUCGUGUGAAGAGUCGAACCAUUUUAUCUCAGCCCAUCAACGGUGGCAAACGGUGCCCGCGCAAGCUGCGCAAAGUGGAACGUUGCUUUGUACAUUGCGAUUCCUCCCGGCACGAUACGAACCCAUCGUGGGGUCCCAGCACCCGCUACUCACCCGAACCGAUCGAGUGCGAGUACUCGGCCUGGUCGGCGUGGUCACCGUGCAGCAAAACCUGCGGCGACUUCGCCGUCCAGCAGCGCACUCGCUACGUACUGAAUCCGGAAAAUGCCCGGUACUGUCCGCACCGACUGGAAGAGCGGAAGUGUGAUAUAAUGCCUUGCUUGCUAGCCAAGUGAGCGACCGGAUUGCGCGGGUUUGCGUUGUUAUAUUUUGACUUUCGAUCAACAUGAUAAUCGUUUAACAGAUGUAUUAACUUACACCUCUAUUUUUGUUUAACGUUUUUUGCAUGCAAUCAAUGUAUAGUGAAAUUGGUUGCAAGAUUCUAGUUUAGUUCAGUUGACUUUUUAUGCCAUCAGUUUGUGUAGCAGAAACGCACUGUAAUCAGGAGUGUUUUAAUGAAAAUAAGUUACGCAGCUUUUUAUAAUGAACCGAUCUUAACCACUAAAUGACACUUAAUUAGCGAGGUUCAGCUGAAUGUUACGGUGUGAAGAAAAGUUGGCAAUAACACUGAAAAGGAAAAAAAAAAGAAUUUUAAUCUGACAGGUAACUUGUCGGAGAAUCAUAAGUGAAACAAUGAUAUCAACAACAAUAAUGAGUGGAAAUAAU